AUGAAGAACACGUUCAACGCGCAAAACGCCCAAUACGCCUGGGCUGCCAGCGGUUGGGCGCCAUUCAGCCGGUUGCGUCCGGAAGUCCGGCGACCGCUACGGAAAAGCAGGUCGCCUCCGGGGCCAGCGCCGAAAGAGGCCAUCCCGUCUGGCGGUACUUCGAGUUGUGGAAACGCGAAGGCCCCUAUCCCGCCGUACGACAACGGCGUAUGCCAAAUCAUGCAGGUGCUGAUCCCGCGGGACAACAUCCAAUCCGCCAGGUCGCACCUAAAGCCGAUCACUAUCGGCUUACAGGAGGUCUGCGAGCAGGAGCGACAACCCGAGCUCCUUGGC